GAUAUGCGAGGAGGUUGGCGAUCUAGGCAGCAAGCGGCGGUAGCGGGAGGCUGAGACGGCAUGCGGACGACCGCCAGGGGCGGCAGCUUGCGGUGGUCGGAGCACGAGAGGAGCAGAGAGCAGCGGCGCGUCUGCGAGGGAAGAUGACGGCGCAUCCAUUGGAGGUGACCUCGGGGCAGAGGGCGUCCAGUGGAUCCUGGCCCUGGAGGCGGUCUUGGAGUGCUACUGGCUGAAGCACGUCAGGAGUGACGACGGCUCCAUGGGAGGCGACCUCGGGGCAGAAGGGGCGAGGGACCGGUAGGCGGCGGUCUGGUGGUGGUUCGCCAGGCGGCAGGGUCGGUCGGGCACGCGGGGAUCGAGCGCCUCCCCCCUGAUGGCGUUGAGCAUAGCGGCACACGACUCCAAGACAACAGAAAGAACAGAGAGAGGAAAAAAGGCUCAGUAGCGGCGAUGGCGAGAGGCGGCGGUUUGAUGACAAAGAAGGAGCUCGGCGAGACCCACGACGUCCUCCGCUUUGGUGUCAAUGACAGCGUCCAUGGCGACCUCGCGCUGGCGCACCCCGUCCAGGCCACCAUCAAGGAGGCCAAGUUCUGGGAUAAGAAGAAGAAGUUUGGGACCGAGGCCAUCUACGGAUCGACCUUCAACAUCCGCAGGGAUCUCGACACCCAGAUCCUCUCCAGGUUGGUUCUCUCACUGCCCCCUCCUGGAAAUAGGUUUUGUCUAACUAAAGAGCCACCGGUAUUAGAUUUUUUUAGUGGUAUGAUCUGGGAGCUGCAGUUGUUGGGGUUGUCAAUUCGACCUUACUUCUUUUGUUUUGUUGAGCAAAUCAGGGCCCCUACCUUUAGAUUAUUACAUCUAAAAGCGCACACGCUUAACGCUUGUGAAUGAGAGUUUUACAAACCAGAGCACAGCGAGUGCAUCCGGAGUGGUUGAUGCAUUAGGGAGAGAGGGGGAGUUCAGUUUUGCCAAAUUAAUAGAGAGCCUUUCAUCUUUUCCUGCCCCGUGCGCCCAUAUUUUGACCAAAUUCACACAUUGUUUCAUGACUGGAGGUAUAUUAAUGUCAUCAGAGACCUUUCGAUUCCUUGCAAGCCAAAUGGACCAGAGAGUAUAUGGUUCGCUGUUUUUGUCUCAUAGAGAAGCUUGUCACCCGUGUUAAAAAUGCCAGCCGAUUCUUUCACAUCAUCUAGCCUUAUGCCCAUAAGGCCCCAUAUAUGUUUCAUCCUGAUGCACUUCAGAGUUAAAUGUGCAAACGUUUCUUGGUCGUUGCAUCCAAAGGGGCAGGUAUCACUGUCGUCGAGUCCUUGCUUUUUAAGGAGCUCUCUGACUUUGAUAUGGUUUCUGAUGAGCAUCCAGGCAAUUUUUUUUCUUUUUUUUGGUGACGGGCAGUCCCAAAUACACUGAUAAAUGAGCUCAGUACAUCCUCCAAAAUCCAUAAGCUGAUGGGAUUUCCUGACUGAAAAUUCCACUGAGUGGUUCAUUCUAAGAGCUCGUUUAUCCAAGGAUCCAACCUUGAGAUAGAUAGAACUGAGGAAUUGAGCUAGAACCUUGAGUUCGCUGUUGGCCUGAUCAGAUGUAAUAUGCUGUGCGUGCACAGUCCAUUCCCCACCUCUCCUGCAGUCAGCCACAGAGAUGUUUGGCCUAAAUCCUGAAAGAAGCUAGAAGAAAAAUCAUCUGGGCCUGGCUUUUAUCUUGUGGAAUAUCUUUAGUCACUUCCCAAAUCUCUAAGUAAAAUGUGUAGGUAGGCUGGAUAAAUCAAAUGAAUUUGGAUACAGCAGGUUCAGAUCGAUAAAAGUGAAGUGGACAGUCCACCUCCUCGGAACGACCCCACUCUCGUGAGCGAAGCGCUCCGUCGACCCCCGCCGUGCGCUACUCCGGCGCUGGCGUCCACCGCGCUUCCGCGCUCCCGCCUCGCGCCACUCCGGCCGUUGCGGCCACC